GAUCGCUGCAGGCUUUGCCCCGUGCGAUCUCUUUGUUGCAAGUUUUUGGACGCGUUAAGCUGGCAAGGCACCGUAGGAAAUAGUUUGCGGCAUUAAGAAAAUGUCGUCGUCGGCUGGUCUGCGCAGGCGAGAGCGCCUUCUUGCUGCUGCACCGGAACUCAUACAGUCACCGCUAUCUGCUUCAAGCCGUCCAGAAAGCCCAACGCACAAGCACAACAAACGGCGCUCAAAAGCGAAAAUGCGGGAGCCGUGCCAGCCGCAUACAACUGGGACAUUCCCCGCACUGGCUGCGACGUUGGCACCAGAGCUUUUGAAUCAUAUCCUUAACUUUCUUGUCCGAGUAGGGUCAGAGCGUGACCUUCUUAGUCCAGCGAGAGUCAACCGGGCAUGGUUCCAUGCUGCAGUCCGACUGCUUUGGCGCAAACCUCCGCUGCGACCAGACACUUGGCAAGACUUCCUGUACGUCUUACGGCGUGGCGGAAACGUCUCGGAUACUGCAGUGUCACCCAUUCGACGGCGUGUUCUUCGGAGCGUUCCAUGUCCGAUAGUGUAUGGAAGUUUUGUCAGGACAUUGCAUCUGUCGGACAUUGCCGAUAACGUCACAGAUCGGAUGUUGAUAAGCAUUGCUGAGGCUUGUCCCAGCCUGCGGGUUCUCAAUGUCGAACGAUGUCAGAGGGCCACUGCCCAUGGAAUAGGGAGGAUCGUUGUGCGAUGUUUAUCAUUGGAACAAAUGGACUUGACGGGAAUUCGGACUCUGAAUGAUGAAGCUCUCCGAGAGAUGUUUCCUGAGCUCCGACCGAAUGUGAAGAACAUAUCCUUAACACUUUCUCCUGAGGUGACGGGGCCUGGAUUAGUGCGGGCCUUGUCUGCUCUUCCAAACGUGGAACGAAUAUGGAUUCAGCACUGUGACAUGCUCCGCGACGAUACAAUAGCUGGACUGCUAAAAUCCUGUCCCCAAUUAACGGACUUGUCGUUACUUGAUUGUAGACAGUGUACGAAUGCGACGAUCGAGUAUAUUGCACACAAUAUCGGCACUCGACUCACACAGCUUACCAUCGGGCUCAGCGAGCAUAUUCGUGACCCUUCCAUUUAUACCCUCGCUACCCACUGUCGUAACCUUACGGGUCUCACCCUGGCUCUUCUUCGCCACAUAACCGACGCUUCACUCAUAUCCAUCUCUAAAUACCUUCCCAACCUUGUGGAGCUAGGAAUAUUCUCAUCUCCUAAUGUCACAAAUACGGGAGUUUCACGCAUUGCAACCAGCUGUCGGCGUCUAGAGCGCUUGUGCCUUUACGAUUGCCAAGGUCUAACUGCUGAAGCCCUGGUACCGGUGCACUUAUGUCUGGAUCGUCUUGAUUACCUCAACAUCGAGCAUUGUCGAAUUCAUGAAGCUACCCCCGAAAUUAGGGCUCUGUGGAAGCGAUGCAAGGAUUUCUACGCAGGAAAGGAACUGAUGAAUGCUCUCCACAUUGCGGAUUUGAUGUAUUAUUCAGAGGGCUUGUUUGGUUUGAAGAGUCCCAUCCAGCUGGCGUUUGAGAUUGUAUAGCAAUUGUUAAUGCCACUGCAGCAGGAAAAUUGUGCUUUUGAUUUUGGUAUUCCACCUGUUGUUGAA